CUUGUAAUUCUCGAGUCGCAAUAAAAGUAAGCUGCUGGCAUUCAUCUUCAUCUUCCCAACAUAAUCAGUGUUCUGUUCGGACAAGACCUGAGUUGUUGAACUCUGCUUGCUUGCAAUCAACUUGUGGUUCUGUGACGAUCAUUGAAGCAUGGCCGUGCUCUCACCCUCAGCCUCGAAAUCGCCGGAUGCAUAUUCUUACUCCGCAGGCAAAGAAACGAGCCAUGAAGGAGUAUACGAUCUCAAAACCUCAAACACGAGGACAACACCAAAUCCCGGAGACAGGUAUAAGCGAGGAUGGUAUAAAUACGGAGAAGCCUUCUUCCGGAGUAUUGGCCUUCAAGCAGUCAAUAGUUGCAUGCCUUGGCGCCACAGCGAAGAAUAUCCCAAGGUUGCAAUUGAGCGAAAUAGAUGGAAAGUUGUGAUCCGGUCUCUCGUGCAUAUUCCUCCAAUCGCUGGUUGCGUCUCUUUGCUGGUUCUUGCUGGCAUGACGACCAUCGUGGAGCCAAACUCUGCAUUUCAAGUCCUACAAUUCGCAGCCAAAUUUCACGAGAUCCUGAUGCAGGCUUCCAUUGCGACUAUUUUGCUGUCUCACAUCAGAUACGAGAUUACUCAGGGUGGCCGGGUCCCUUUCGGAUCGCUGUUUGCUGCAGCGCAAAUAUCCAGCAUUGCGUUUAUCUGGUCGCCCGAGAUGCUGGGGACUAUGAAGAGUAAAGGGAUGAUCUGGAUUAGGAGACUCGUCUUGGUGUUGCAUAUUGUCUUCGCUAUCCUGUUGGCUGCUUCUGUGGGGCCAUCGAGUGCCAUUCUUAUGAUUCCGCGACCCAUAUUCCCAAAGUUCGGUGAGUGUACAGGAACACUUCCUACAGCGGUGGAGAAUCUCUACCCUUCUCGCAUGAGCCUAGAGACGCCUGGACGAGCUGAUUUCACCGCCGUCAGUAAAUUAGACACCAAUAUAGGAACCCAGGAUAAUUUCUUCUCCGUCAGCGAAACUACUAAAGCUUCAUUGGGGGCGCCCAUCAAGGACGGCUUCAGUAUACGUAUGCUGAAUACGUAUGAAAGUGGAUUCGUUAUCGGGACGCCAUUACAGAUAACGGCGGACGCCAUGAGAGCGUGCAACAAUGCGGAAUGGGGUACAUAUGAUACCUACAUGUCACUCAUGAGCAAACAGCCGUUCGUCUAUCCACACGGGUGUGACUCUAUGCCCAUUAUCGACAUGGAUCCUACCUCCCCGCUGAAGUUGAGAGUGGAUUUCGGAGGAGUGUCCGUCGGGUGGAUCUAUGCGGAUCUCAAUAUGACGCUACAGGAGUUCGACGACGCUUAUGUUGCAUCUAAAAAUGGAUCGCAUAUUACAUGGCUAGCACCGCCAACAUAUUCCAACUUCUCGUCUUCGAUAGUCGCUGUGGUCGGCCCAGAUCGCAAGAAUCUAGGAGAAGGGGUAGUACCGUGGUACGCAACAUGUUCUAUCGACGCAGCCUGGCUCCCAGCCAUCGUCAACAUAACAGAAUUCUUCCAAGUGCAGGCUUAUCUCACGGAUGAGAGCAGUGCCAUCUUAGAACAAGGCAGCUUAGGCGGAGGACCCGAUGCAGCACAUAUAAUUCCCAUAGAUCCGGCAUGGGCUUACAACGCGACCGCCAACGUGGACCUAUUCGAACAGUUCAACCCAUCGGCAACACCAUCCACCACUCUGAAAGACCUGCUUGACCAAGCUUAUAUUCCUCAAGUUGAAGGUCAAGAGCCAUGGAACGGAACAAACGACGUGGCAGAACCCGCAAUCGCCUCCCUACUCAUUGGAGGCAUCAUCUCCACAGCCAUGUCAACCGCACUUACAGCCCGAGCUGUCAAUGUUACAUACGUGAACACCACAUACGGAAGAACAGAUCAGUCAACGCCCCAAAGCGUCUUCAUUACCAAUAUAACCUCCCCUCCACUAGCCACCGAAUAUCGAGAAGCGACCUUUCGCCCUGGAAAUCUUACCCUUCCGGACGAAGAGAUUCGUCUCCUCGCUAUCCCUGAUCCAGCUCGUUCCUUUGUCAUUGACGUCUUUGGGAGAUCACUUAUCGGGUACACGUUUGAAUCAGUGCCCGUCAGGCUUGCAGCCGCUAUCCUUUGCGUCUAUUGUCUGUACGUCUUGAUUUCCCUUAUUGCGACUUUGGCCCUAGGAUACAGCUCCAACAGUUGGGAUUCGGCGUCGGAGAUUACGGCACUGGCGCUGAAUUCUACUCCGCCGAAACAUAUUGGGGCAAUCAGCGCUGGUUUGCAAACGUUGCAAGUCUUUCAGGAACCGGUUGGAGUACUGGUUAACGAGAAGGAUGAAUUAGAGUUGGUGUUCAGAGAUACUGGUGCUCAUGAUGGAACUGAGACAUUCAGUAAUGUAGAUGUGAAUAAGGAGUAUUGA